UCAAAGCAAUGCCAAAAUCUCAAAGAGACACCUUGGAGCUUCACUGCGUCACCAAAUAAGCACUGUCCAAUAUUUAACCCAUCUCUCUGUAUAUAUAUAUAUAAACCACAAAUAGUCCCUUCAGCUCGAUCCCCCUCUUGAAUCAAACCAUCUCUCUGUCUGUCUGUCAAUCUCUAUCAAUCACACACAACACGAACACGCAUUGAUUUUGGAUGGAUGAAAAGUGGAAGUUAUCCAAGAGCUCAUCGUCAAAGUCUCCAUUUUUCUCUCGUAGUUUCUCAACAAAGAGCGUCUCAUCGAAGGAUCCUCUGUUGCGAAGUUCUUCCCUCAAGAGCUCUGUUUCUUCGUCCAAGUCUGCUCUUCCCAGAAGUUAUUCACAAAAGGGAUCUUCAAUCAGCCGCAAGUGUAGUAGCCUUGCUAAGGAACAGAAAGCAAGGUUUUAUAUCAUGAGAAGAUGUGUUGCCAUGCUUGUUUGCUGGCGCAAGCAUGGCGACUCUUGAUUCUUGAUAAAUAACAGAUUUUCUUACUUUUUUGCUCUUCUUUUUCUUGGUUCUUAUGGGUUUGGCUUGAAUCCACGAAAUAUUGUGCAAUCAGAUCAAGAAUAGAUUCACAGGCUCAAAGUUUUGUUCUUCUUCUCCGUUUCUGGAGCCAAUGUAAUUAAAAUGGG